AACAACAAAUAUAUGCAUGUGCAAUAAACCAAACAUAAAUAAUAACAUUUCGCAAAGGAGAGAGCCAGCGCUGUUAAAAUGGCCAAUGCCGCCGCCAACGUGCGGUGCAUAAACUUUUACGAUCUCUGCAGAAUCUGCACCGACAGCAGCGACCAAAAGACGAAUGUCUACUCGCCCGAGGGACGCGCCAAGAACCUCAGCAGCAAGAUUUUCGAGUGCCUCUCGCUGCAGAUCGAUGAGAAGGAUCGCCUGCCCAAGGUGGUCUGCGCCCAGUGCGUGCAGCUGGUGGAACAGAUGCACAGCCUCCGCGCCACUUGCCGCAACUCCCAGACGAUGCUUAACAACUGCCUAAACAUCCGCCCGACACCGAACGGCGACAAGCUAUAUAUUCGGGAUGCCGUCGACGAGUCAGGCAAGAGCCUUAGCGUGGUGCAGGCGGCGUCAUCAAACUCUGGCGGUGCCCAGCAGUCCAGCAAUCUGCUAAGCAGCAUCAUUCAGGCGGUGGGAAUGCAACCACAGCAGCAGUACACGAUCACGCUGGACAAUGGCAUCCAGCAGCAGCAACUGAAUCUGCCAGAAGUUCAGGUCAAAAGCGAAAAGCAGACGGUUUUGGAAGAGUUUAUCCGGUUGAAGCCUGAUAUUAAGAUAACGCCGCUUGGCAAGAAGGACACCAACAGCAAUACCGCUAAGCCCCAGCAAGUAAUCUCUCAACCGCCACCUCUUCAGCCGCAGACAGUGACCACCGGACCACUAAACACGCCACAACUUCAGUUACAGACGCAAAUUGGAGAUCAACUACAACCCCUCUGGCAGCAGAUCCAACAGUUGCAACUGCAGCAGCAGCUCCAGCAACUUACCAACCAGCUUCAGGCCACCACCCAGUUUACCGCCGCUGCGACGGAAGACUCGUCAAGUCCCGGCGACAGUAAGAAACCGAAACUGAACUUCGUGCUAUCCGGUCCGACGGCGCCACAGUUCACCACCUCCCUGCCACAGUUUGGAACGAAUCAGCCGCAGAUUCAGCUGCAGUUAAUGCCCGGCGGAGCAGGAGUAACGAGUGCCAACACCGCAUCCUCACAGCCGCAGUUCAAUGCUGCCGCAUUGCUCUCCAGUUUGGCAGCUCCACAGCCAUCAGCUCCAAAUGUAAUGUCGCCCAGCAAAUGCUUUCUGCCCGUCACUAUACGCGACGAAAACUCGGACCAACAGAUCGUGGCACACAUAGACACCAAGAAUUUGAUGCUGCCCACCACCUACCAAGUGCAGAUGAAGCUUCAGCCCCAGCUGGCCACCGCUGACGGGCAGCCAAUCAUGCAGCUGACUCCCACAUCUAUUCCGGCCACCCUGCAGCUAACGCCGCAGACGCUGAGCAGUAGUUCAGGAAACAGUUUCCAAGGCACUUCUACUUCUGUAUCUCAGAACCAAUUUCUCGCGCCUCAGCCUCCUCAACAGCAGCAGCAACAACAACAGCAGCUGGCUCCACUCACCGCCCAGGUGACUUCCCAACAAAUCAUCAGAUCUCCGCAGACCAGCACCACCAGUCCCCAACUGGUGAUUAGGAAUGUGACCACGAUGCCAACGACUCCCACUACACCUACCAACAGCAAUGAAGCUCCUACCUUCAAGACACCUCCCAGGCAAAGGCAGUUGCCAGCGCAAAAGCCGAAAGCGAUUUCUGUUCAGGGACAAUCACCAUCAUCCCCGGCUACCAAUCAGCCAGCAACAGGAACGAAUGUGCCACCCGUCAAUGAAGUCAGACGGUUGGUGACUCCACCAAAGCAGCAGCAGUUGCCGGUAGUGAAGCAACCACAGACAUCAACAUCAACCUCAAAUUCGGCAGCUUUGCAGCGACUCUCCUCGAACACUACUAUUACGAAGGUGACAACUAAGCAGGCUGCUCCAGUGCCAGCCCAGGCUCCAAUUCAAACCACCAACGCACCCGCUAAGCUGCCCCUGCUAAAUAAGCAGAAUAUCACCAUCAGUCGAAUCUCUACGGUAACGGGGGCUAAGCAGCAAAUAAAGCCGCCAAUUCCUGCACCUGGACCUCAACCCAUUCAUGUUACUGUUCCUGCACUUAGUCAAGCGCCGCCUCCGCCGUUGGCAUCCCAGCACAAAAAACCACUGGACCAGGUACAGGAAACCCCGGCGCAAAAGGUGAAAUCAGCGCGGCCGCCAACACAUAAAGCUCAACCCUUGUCCAAUCAAGAUGGACAAAAUACUUCUGGUGAUUCAGGCAGGUCAACUGGCGGCUCCGAGCUCAUCUGUCCCACAUGCAACCGUGAGUUUAAGAAGAAGGAGCAUCUUACCCAGCAUGUUAAGCUGCAUGCCGGUCUGCGACCCUUCAAGUGUUCGGAAGAUGGCUGCGACAAAGCCUUCAGUCGUAAGGAGCACCUGUCCCGACAUUUAAUCUCCCACUCCGGCCAGAAAAUGUACACUUGCGAGGUCUGCAGGAAGCCUUUCUCCCGCAAGGACAACCUCAACAAACACAAGCGGAUUCACACUCAAACGGCCAACGAGACGCUAUAUUGCUGCGAUGUCUGCAACAAGAACUUUGCCACCAAGCUGCACUACGAGAAGCACAGGGAAAUGCACAAAAAGCCACGACCCGAAAAUGCUGCUCCAGCUGCCGCUACUGCUCCCGCGGUAACCUCUGCGCCCACCCAAGUCCGUAGCAAUGGCCAGGUGGCCAAUAAAGCUCAAUAUGAAGUUAAGCAGCGCCCUCUUCAGCAGCAGCAGACGCAAGCGCAGCCACAGGGACAACAGACGCAGAUUAUGCAUGUGGUGACCACCCAGGACCUGGCCGGGAACACCAUAACGAUCACCCAAGCACCCGACUCCAAUAUGCCCGCAUCUCUGGCCAAUUUUGUGCAGCUUGGUUUCCCGCAAUUUCAAAAUGCCAGCACACCAGCCACCAACCAGUUAGUAUGUAAGCUUGCCAAGUAGACUCC